AUGUCUUUCAGGAAGUCCACGAAUCAUAUGGUUGUGAAACCCCGGUCCCCCACGUCCUGCAUUUUCAUUCCAUGGAAUUGGCCAUUCAAAAUGCAUUUAUCAGGUGGUAUUAUUAUUUCAUCAUUAUGUUGCAAUAACGGGAAAAGUAUCUACACCUCUUCUUUUACUCUUAAUAAUUCAAACCCGAUGGAUCUGUUAAGCGUAAUCAACGUACCGGAAGAUGAUAAACUUAAAAUCACUUUCGAUUAUAGAUACAACGACUUGCCUUCUCGGAGUUUUAAUCUAAUACGACAGAAAGACGAGCCAUUAGGGCAGUCACUGUCCCGGUUAAGGGCCAAUAUUUCCAAGUAUAUUAGCAAAAAUAACAAAAAGAAAAGAAGAAAACUGAAAAAGGCUAACGCGAAUGAAGGCGCUCAAGAAAAAAGUGAUUUGGAUGAAGAAGAAGAAGAAAUUGAAAUUUCUGUUUGGAGGGAAAACAUUAAAGUUUUAGAAUCUAUAUCUAACAUCGAGGCUUGGAUCACCGGAUCGUCGCUUCGCAUUGAUUCCUGUUCGUAUAAUAUUAUUGUCAAUAUUCCUACCAUCACAAAGUUAUCUAUACCCACUAAUCUCAUGGUUGGCUUUCCUGUCUAUCUCCAGAUAGAAUAUUUGUUUACUGAUGUGACUCAAUGUGACUUCAGUUGGUAUAAAGAUAUCAAAACCAGUUGCUCUAGUGACCAACAAAGUGAUAGUAAUCGUAAGGUUUGCGAUCUAGAAGAAUCAGUCGCUUGGCAAAAGCUUAGUUCUUCAAAUAAUAAUAUAUGUGAUGUUGUCUAUACACCAAAUAUUGACGAUUUGGGACAUAAGUUGAAAGUAGUUUGUGUGCCGCACGAUACUGAAAGGGGUAUCAAUGGAAAAGAAGUUUUGGCUCAGUCCACAGCGGUUGUUGAUCCAGGCCCUGGACAAUGUCCCUUCCAGACAAGGCACCUGUACACGAAGGACCUUACAGAAGAUGGCUGUUUUAGAGUGGUCACCUAUAAUUUAUUGGCUGAUUAUUAUGCUGACUCUGACUAUAGUCGCACAGUAUUGUAUCCUUACUGCCCUCCUUAUGCUUUAAGUAUUGACUACAGAAAACAGCUGAUUCUCAAAGAACUUGCAGGUUACAAUGCUGAUUUAAUUUGUUUGCAAGAAGUAGACAAGAAGGUUUUUGAAAAUGACUUGUUACCUGCUCUCUCCUUACUGGGUUUUGAUGGUGUGCUGAGAACUAAGGCUGGUCAAGUGCCUGAGGGUUGUGCAACAUUCUUUCGAAAAUCAAAAUUUAAAAUGGUUGACCAACAUGACAUUUUCAUCAUGGAGACAAUACAGACUGAUCCCAGGUUUGAAGACAUUUUACAACUUCUGAAGUCUAAUGAAGAGCUACAGCAACGUACUCUCAACAGACAAACGACCUUACAAUUGAUUGUUCUGGAAUCAUUAGAGAAAUCAGGUUAUUUUCUGUGUGCUGCCAAUAUUCACCUUUAUUUCCAUCCAACUGCCAAGAGUAUACGCCUUUUACAGACAGCUGUUUGUAUGAAACAAAUUGAGUCUCUGAUGAAAAUGUACAAAGACCAGGGAAAAGAAAUUACGUUUACAUUUUGUGGCGACUUCAACAGUUCUCCAGAGUUUGGAGUGCAUCAAUUCUUGACAACUGGAUAUAUUCCUGCAGAUUUUCAAGAAUGGAAAGCUGAUGGUAACCCUGAUGGUGUUGAAACUGGAAUCCCUCUCAGUCACUCAUUCAAUUUAUCUAAUGGGUGUGGCAGUCCUGAGUACACAAAUUAUGUGGGUGGAUUUCAUGCUCAGCUGGACUAUAUUUAUCAUGACCCCAAAAUGCUGGAGGUCCUGGAGGUUGUCCCAUCCCCUGAGCACAAGGAGGUGACUCUGUACACUGCCUUGCCCAAUGUAGUCUUUCCCUCUGAUCACAUUGCCCAAAUUUGCGCUUUUAGGUGGAGGUGA